AUGACAUCUAUUGAAGGAAAUCUUGUUGCAUCUGACAAGGUCAAGUUAUUCACUAGAUCAUGGAAGCCCGCAGGUCCUACUUUGGCAACAGUAACAUUUAUACAUGGAUUAGGUGAACAUUCGGGUCGUUAUGAACAUGUGUUCUCAAAGUUUGCAGAGAAUGGCAUUGCCGUCAAUGCUUAUGAUCAGAGAGGCUUUGGAAAGAGUAGUGGUCCUCGUGCUUACUCUCCAUCCUUGGAUCAGACGAUGAAGGAUGUUGCUAUGGUGGCUGCUAGUGCCAAUCCUAAUCUACCUCACUUUAUAAUGGGUCACAGUUUCGGUGGUUGUCUUGCCCUACACUAUACUCUCAAGAAAUCAGAGAGAGACCCAACUGGUUGUAUUAUCACCUCCCCACUCAUUAAGCCUGCCUUCAAGGUAUCCGAUGCCAAGUACUUGGUUGGUAGCUUCAUUAGCAAGUUCUGGAGUACCCUUACUGUUGACAAUGGUCUAAAUCCAACUCAUAUCUCCAGAGAUGAAGCUGCCGUCGCUCUCUACAAAGAGGAUCCACUCAAUACUGCCAAAGUAUCGGUUGGACUUGGAAAAUGGAUGAUACCAAAGGCAGAGCAACUUCUCAACCUGGCGCCAACCUAUACUCUACCUCUACUGUUGAUUCAUGGUGCAGAUGACAUGAUCACCUCUGCCAAGGCAUCGCAGUCAUUCUUUGAUCGAUGUCAGUCUCAAGACAAGACAUUGAAGCUAUGGGAGAAUAUGUACCAUGAGGUACUCAACGAAAAGGAUAAGGAUCAGGUGAUACAGAUGAUCAUUGAUUGGAUCAAACCAAGAUUACAAGCACCACAAUCCCAGGCUAUACCAACUGGUCAAGAUCAAUCUAUUCCCCAACCUGUGAUUGCUCCAUCGAUUCCAGUAGAGGAACCUCCAGUUCAUGUAGAACCAUCAAGGCAAGAGGACCAACAAAAACCAGUAGAGGAGCCUCCCAAGCCUCAUGAAGAGCCACAUAAAGCUCUUGAGGAACCACCUAAGCCUGUUGAUGAGCCACCCAAGCAUGCAGAGGAGCCACCCAAGCCUGUAGAGGAGCCACCCAAACAGGUUGAUGAACCUCCCAAGCCUGUAGAGGAACCACCUAAGCCUGUUGAUGAACCACCUAAGCCUGUCGAGGAAGCCCCAAAGCCAAUAGAGGAGGCACCCAAACAGGUUGAUGAGCCACCCAAGACUGUCGAAGAACCACCAAAGCCUGUAGAGGAAUCAGCUAAGCCUGUCGAGGAAGCCCCAAAGCCAAUAGAGGAGGCACCCAAACAGGUUGAUGAACCACCCAAGCCUGUAGAGGAAGCACCAAAGAUUGAAGAGAACAAACCUAAUGAAGAGUCCAAGCCAAAGAAUAAGAAGAAAGGAAAGAAGAAGGGAAAGAGAAACUGA